AUUGUGUAGAUCUCCAUUAGCAUGCCGUUGCAUCUUAUUGUACUCCUCUCCGUACUCGGAAGCGGCUGGGGUCAGACUCCCUCUACGACGGUCCAAGGAAAUGUUGUCCAUCCGCAACCAACCACAUUUGAGACCCACGGGAAACUGGGAGAUACUAACGGCGUGGGCACUUCCAACCUGCUCAGCACGAAGAAAUUUGAUCUGCUUGUCGAACAAGUCAUGACGUCUCAAGGUGCUGAUGUGAACGAUCCUUUGGAGAUAUGCAAUUACCGCCAUUCACUUGAGCCAACAUUUUUCAACUUCACAACAGAUUCAGGAGAUCGGUACUGUCCUUCAUAUUACGAUGAGAUACAGUGCUGGAAUGCCUCUCCACCUGGAAAUGUAACCAUGCCAUGCCCGGCUUUGUUCAAUGGUCUGAAAUACGAAAAUCAGGUUUCACGUGUCUGUUUGAAGGAUGGACGAUGGGGAAACGACAAUAAAUCUGACUACUCAGGAUGCAGGGCCGUAGUAGACUUUGACGAGCCUGGCGAAUCCGAAUUCCACUUCUUUAGGCUCUCUAUAAUCAGCAAUAUUGGAUACUCAAUAUCCCUAUGUACAACGUUGGGGGCGCUGAUCAUCCUGAUCACCUGCAGGUCUUUGUGGUGUUUACGGAACUACAUCCAUAUGAACUUCUUGCUAAGUUUCAUCAUUAUCUCCGUAGUCUUCUUCGGUAUCUUACUAGCUGCAAGAAAUGAUUCAAGCUUUGGUCCAGAAAGUUGGUAUUACUGUCCAACCAUGACCAUCAUCUUUGCCGCAACCCUAGCCAAUUUCUGCUGGAUGCUGGUGGAAGGGAUCUACCUCUUCUGCACAGUGGUUCGAGGUGUAACGGUAGCGCCCAAGACCCUUUGGCUUUACGCCCUCAUCGGCUGGGUUGUUCCUGUGAUCUUGUCGGUUAUUCAUCUUGUUGUUCUACUAACGGCAAUGCGAGGGGACCAUACCAGCAGUGAAAUAUGUAAUGCGAAAACAAAUGCGGACUACAUCUUCAGAGGUCCAAUUAUUCUCAUUGUUUUGAUAAAUGUGUAUUUCCUGAUUCACAUACUCGUCGUCAUUGUGCAAAGAGAGAGGUCAUCUUCUGAUCAACAACACAGGAAACCGUUGAGGGCGCUGCUGGUCCUGACCCCAUUACUCGGGGCAGCAUACCUCCUGUUCCUGAUUGAGCCGACCCCAGAGAAGCCGACCGUGGCGACUCACAUCUAUCGGUACUUGCUGACCUUCCUGCAGUCAACACAAGGCUUCUUUGUAGCACUUUUUUAUGUGUUCUUGAACCCAGAAGUCCAUAAACUUAUCAAACGUCGCUUUGUGAGUUUGCGGGAGGAUAAGACUCUUUUCUCCAACGUGUCAACUCGAAACGGGUCUAAACCAUCUUUACCCAACAUCCUCCACUUCGCAAACAUGGCAAAGACAUCCAAAGACAGUGAUGCGAAUAACUCACGGCCGCCAAUAGAGGGCGACCGAGACGCGCAUGAACAUCGGCGGAACGGCGACGCUCCGAAUUCCUCACCGAUCUGCUUCGGGCGCGACGCCGAAGAGGCGACUCCGUUGGAGAAGGAUGCGCGGGAGGAGGACGUCAACGCUAACAAUUUCCAUCGUGAUCAGCGAUGUCCGGACGCCGAUUUCGAAUCUGCUCCGUUUGUGAGGCAUGUGGGUUACGAGGAAGAAAAUAGGUCGACGGGGGAGGGUGAAAAGGUCUGAGACUUUCAUCAUGAUAAGUGCUACAGAAGAGUGAGAUUUGUAAUGGGGUAACCGUACAUUGUCUCGCGAAAUCGAUUUUGAUGGGCUGAAAACAUUUUACUUCACAAAUAUCCCUGAUUAUAAAAUAAUGAUAAAUCAAAGUACUCAAGUCAAAUUAAUCCAAACGCAAUAACUGGUCAGAAAAUGAUAACCAUAAUGUGCAUGAUUAUAAUAUUUUAUUGUAUAUAAUUACAUUUAACAUCGCAACAAAGCAUUAUUUAGGACAAUCACAAUGAUUACUUCAAGCCCAACAAUACAUUUUAUUCUCUUAUUCAGUUGAAGUGUCGCUUUGUAUCUGUUUGCAGAUAAUUCUGUCUCAUUCUCAUCCCGUUAUUUAUACUUCCAUCUCAUAAUUCACAUUAUAGAUGUAAAUAUGUACAUUAUGUAAAGAAAGCAGUCUGAUAAUGUUAUUGUAUACAUUUGUUUGCUGUAGCCGUAGUUAUAUUAAUGUUGAUGGUUGAAUGUAAAUACAUUUUUGUAUAGUUGUGUAUUAUUGUAAGUACAAAAUCAUCUAAGUUCAAGUUUGGUGACUAUUUCUCCAUCCAUAAGGGUUGAGACUCGUUUACUUUUGUUGACAUCACAUUGGUUGCAUUUCGUUUAGCUCAUAGAUUAAAAACAAAAGCUCAAUAAAUUAAAACAAAAUAUCACCAGAUUUAAGGUUAAUAGUGUUUCAUACCACGAACAUAUGAAUAUUGUUGGUAUGUAAAUAAAUCAAAAUUAUCAAAUCAAAUCAAAGUUUAUAUCAGAUAACAUCAAUUAAUUCGGCAAAAUGUUGUGACAAUGUUCGACACACUUGGCCUUGAUGGUGCGCGCCUUUAAUCCAAGCUACACAGAGGAGGUUACGAGUUGAUGCAGAGGUUCGAGGUUCGAACCCUUGCCACGUCUUUCGGAUAAUGACAUUUUAAUGUCGGUCCCAGUCGUAAAUAAUUAUGAUUGAUACAUGUCUGAAAAUACUCAAUUUUACACAAACACUACGUUCACUAAGAAUAAUCCACAAAGUCAUCGUAGAGUUUCAGAUAAAAACAAACCUCUCCGCUUCAGACCUCGGGGAAAGACUUGGUUUAGUUAGUUAUAACGCCAUACAGAUUACGUACGUCUGCAUGUAUAUAAAUUACGUACGUUGUAGGUUUGUGCUGAAAAUAUGAAUUUCUGUCUCAUUACCUCUCGAUUUAAUUUCUCUCGUUACCUCGGGCACAUGUAUGUAUGUAUAGAAUGUAUAUUCAUGUCACUGUUGCAGUUGUUUGAUUAUAUUUUGUUUCAUACAAAUUGUGAUGAUAUACCAAGUUUUAAAGGUGACCAAAUUGACACUGAACUGGUAUCUAAGUUUGGGUUUAGAAAUAUAUAUUUAUCGAAUGUAAUUUUAUUAUCGUAACGUGUGAAAACAUCGUUUUUAUUUUCUCGCUGUAUAAAAAAAGUUGCAUUAAAUGCUUAAUGAUUGUUUGAUAUUUUAUAAACCCUUGAUUUCUUGUUUUAAAUUAUUUUUAUCAAGUGUUUUAUAACAGUAAACCGGAGUCUGUUCACACUACUGCAUGGGUAUUUUGUAUCAGAAACAAAUAAAGAAUGAUUUUCUAAAAUCGAAAUCGCAACACUUAAAUUAUGCACUUUAAGUUUG